UAUCAAUAUUUAUAAUAUCCGAAAUGCAAUCUUCAUCCCUCCCCAUUUUGGAGUAGCUAGGGUUUGUAUCGAAGACAGAAGAGUAGGCGCAGCUUCGUGAAUUCAACAAUGGCAAGGAUCAAGGUUCACGAGCUGAGGCAGAAGACAAAGGCUGAUCUUUUGAGUCAGUUGAAAGACCUCAAGGCUGAACUCUCCUUGCUCCGUGUUGCUAAGGUCACUGGUGGUGCACCCAACAAGCUCUCCAAGAUUAAGGUGGUGAGGUUGUCCAUUGCUCAGGUGUUGACAGUGAUUUCUCAGAAACAGAAGGCUGCAUUGAGGGAAGUUUACAAGAAUAAGAAGUAUUUGCCACUUGAUCUUCGCCCAAAGAAGACCAGGGCUAUUCGCAGAAGGCUCACCAAGCAUCAGGCAUCAUUGAAGACCGAGAGGGAGAAGAAAAAGGAGACAUAUUUCCCAUUGAGGAAGUAUGCUAUCAAAGCAUAGGACAGUAGACCAAUCUUCUCUAUCGAUUGGAGAUUUACAUCCUUUAUAGUUACAAGUUUUGAUAUUUCUACUCCUGUAAUUUCAUGUUGGUUUUAUUAAGUUUUUCUUUAAUAGACAUGGAGUUUCCCUCCUGAACCUACUAGAAUUUGUGUGCUUGAUAGUUUUUGUCUCUAAAGAACCAGACUCUUGGUAUUGUUAGUUUCAGUGUUCAAAAUUGAUGAAUGCUUUGAGUUUUGCCAGUUUUAUCUA